UUGACCGCAUUCUCCGAGCGCCCCGGCAGGGAGCGAGCAAUCUUGGUCCAGGCGUUCCCCCACUUCGCCUGCGCCUCCGCCAGGACUCGAUCCUCUUCCUCCGUCCAUUCCCCCUUCUUCAAGGCCGGGUC